CCAUUUGAUUUAACAGAAAAACAAAUCCUAAUCACUCCCCAUUUUGAUCAACAAUGAAAAUCAAAUUCCACCAUCUCCCUCCAUUGCUCCUCCUCCUCCUAUGGUACAACCCCCACCACCACAACGUACAAGCCCAGCUCCCCACCACCAUCGGCUACAACUGCACCGCCAACCAAUCCUCCUCCCCCUGCGACACCUUCGUCUUCUACCGAGCUGCGGCGCCCUCCUUCCUCGACCUCGCCGCCGUCGGCGACCUCUUCUCCCUCAGCCGCCCCGAGAUCGCCAGCCCUAGCAACAUCUCCUCCCCCUCCUCGCGCCUCCUCCCCGACCAGACUCUCUUCGUCCCGAUCAAAUGCUCCUGCAACGCCGUCAACACCUCCGUCACCAUCUCCUACUCCCCCCAAAACUACACCAUCAGAAGCGGCGACACCUUCUUCCUAGUCUCCACAAUCAGCUAUCAGAGUCUCACCACUUACCAGUCCGUGGAGGUCGUUAACCCUAAUUCAGUCCCCACGCAGCUCGACGUCGGCGACGUCGUCGUUUUCCCCAUUUUCUGCCGGUGCCCUACCUCAGCGCAGCGGCGGAGCGGCGUCAAUUACUUAAUCACCUACGUUUUCCAACCCUCCGAUAGCCUCAAUUCCGUCGCGUCGAAGCUCGGAGCGUCGGAGCAGAUGAUAACUGAAAUUAACGGCGCUGACAUUAAUCCUUAUGAUACGGUUUUUGUGCCGGUGUCGAAUUUGCCUAAUUUGACGCAGCCUGUGGUGCCUCCGCUCUCUCCUCCGGAGAGAGAGAGGAAGGGGGCGGUGAUCGGGCUUGGGGUAGGGCUUGGAGUGUGUGGGGCGCUGCUGAUUUUGGUGUGUGCGGCUUGGUGGUAUAGAGAGAGAGGGGGAGGGUUUAAGGAUGUGGAGAAGCAGCAGCAGAGAAAGGGAGAUGGAUUGUUGAAGGCUGAGAAGGUGAGUUUGAUGGCUGAUGUUUCUGGAUGUUUGGAUAAGUAUAAAGUUUUUCAAGUCGAGGAUUUGAGCGAUGCAACAGAUGGAUUUGAUGAGAGAUGCAUUAUUCAAGGCUCUGUCUACAAAGGAAAGAUUGAUGGAGAAUUGUAUGCUAUUAAGAAAAUGAAGUGGAAUGCCUAUGAAGAACUCAAGAUCUUGCAGAAGGUGAACCAUGGGAACCUAGUGAGGCUAGAAGGGUUCUGCAUAGAUCAAGAGGAAGGAAACUGCUACUUAGUGUACGAAUACGCUGAAAACGGCUCUCUCCAUUCGUGGCUUCAUGAAAACGAAGCUGAGAAAUUGAGUUGGAAAACAAGGCUGAGGAUCGCCAUUGAUGUAGCAAACGGCCUUCAAUACAUCCACGAGCACACGAGGCCUAAAGUCGUGCACAAGGACAUAAAGAGCAGCAACAUCCUCUUGGACUCGAACAUGAGGGCCAAGAUCGCGAACUUUGGGCUUGCAAAGUCGGGGUGUAACGCCAUAACAAUGCACAUUGUGGGCACGCAGGGGUACAUUGCCCCCGAGUACCUUGCUGAUGGCGUUGUCUCCACCAAGAUGGAUGUGUUCUCCUUCGGUGUAGUGCUGCUUGAGCUCAUCUCGGGGAGGGAGGCCCGGGAUGAGCAGGGGAAUGUGCUUUGGGCCAGUGCUAGUGGAGUUAUGGAUGGCAAAGAGGAGAGGAAGUUGAGGAAGCUUAUGGAAUGGAUGGAUGAGUGUCUUCUGAGAGAGUCGUGCUCGACAGAUAGUGUGUCGAGCGUGAUGGCAGUGGCGGUAGCUUGCCUGCAUAAGGAUCCUGCGAGGAGGCCGAGCAUGGUGGACAUAGUGUAUGCAUUGUCGAAGAGCGAUGAUCUCUUCUUUGAUAUGUCUGAGGAGAAUGGACUCUCUCCGAGGGCUGUUGUUGCUAGGUGAGGCGAUGCGGUGGUCGUUGCUUACGGGGUUUUUUCUUCUGUUUUCGUGUUGUGUAUAUUUAUGAUGUGUUUCAAUAUUAGUGAAAUGUUGAGAAGAUGAGGUCUAGUUUUUUUUUAAUUUGAGGCUGUGUAAAUAUAUGGCAUUUUGUUUGGAGUUGUUUAUGUAAUUUUUGUAGUAUUGUGUGGUGAGUAAAUCUGUAAAUUUUUUAUCUA